ACCAGAAGCGCACUGCAUCCGCCGACAUGGACACCCAGACAGCCUUCACUCAGCUCAACGACCUCUGCGCCGAGAGGAACGGUGGGCAGGUACUGUUCGCAACUGAUGACUGGUUUGCUGUGGCCGAGAACCUCAUAAAGGAGGAGCCUCCAGAGUGGCGGGAGGGUGAGUUCACCGAGUGCGGCAAGUGGAUGGACGGCUGGGAGACGAGGCGCCGACGCACCCCGGGCCACGACUGGGCCAUCCUCAGGCUCGGUGUUCCUGGAGUCCUGAGGGGCGUCACCGUGGACACGGCGUACUUCACAGGAAAUUUCGCGCCGCGCUUCUCUCUGCAGGCUGCCAACCUGUCGCGCAAAGAUGAGGCUUGCAUCCCCAGCAGAGAUUCUCAUAUCGGGAAUGCAGCGACACCAGAGAUGAUGAAAGAAAUACAGCAGCUCGACUCGCAGCACUGGACGGAGAUCGUACCAAUGACAGCCCUGAAGCCGGGCUACCCAGAGACCCGCUACAACCACUUCACCAUCAACAGCGAUGAGACGUGGACACACGUGAGGCUCAACAUGUUCCCUGACGGCGGAAUCGCCCGGCUACACCUUUACGGGGAGGCAAGGCCCGACUGGAAGAGGUUCAACAUCAACAAGCUGGUAGAUCUUUUGUUGAUGAAAAAUGGUGGUGUUUGCCUUGGGUGUUCAGAUGCUCACUUUGGUCACCCAAGGAACAUAAUUCGCCCUGGUCCGGGUAUCAACAUGGGAGAUGGAUGGGAAACUGCUAGGCGAUUGGACCGACCUGCUGUACUGGAAGAGGAUGCUCGAGGAAUUCUUCAAGUACUAGGAUCUGAAUGGGCCAUUUUUCGUAUGGGCCAUCCUGGAACUAUUGGCAUGGUUGAAGUUGACACAGCUCACUUCAAAGGCAAUUACCCAGAUUCAAUAAGGAUAGAAGGGGUAUAUUUUGAUCAUCAAGUGGAAGAUACUGUUAUGUGUGAGAAUAACAAUGUACCAUGGAAGACACUGCUUCCACCUCAAAAGCUCUUUCCACAUAAACAACAUUUGUUCUCAAAGGAUCAGCUGAGAUCAAAAGGUCCGUUCACUCAUGUUCGAGUCACCAUUGCACCUGAUGGUGGUAUAAGCCGUCUUCGUCUGUGGGGCUACGUUGAAGUGUAGACCUGCAGGUUAGAAGUUUAGUUAUUCAGAGGCUGUGAUACAUACAUCAUUUCAUGAGGCUACACUAUAUAUUGAAUGAGAUUUCAAUUAUGAAAGUUUCCAUAGUUUCAACUGAGAUUUCAGCAUAUUUUUGUUGUUGUGAUUGUUCAUCUGUUACGAAAUUAAGAAAAAGGAGGAAAAUUGAUAAGUCUAGUAGAACCCCAGUGAGAUUACCAAGCUUCUCAGAUAAAACAAGAAUGUUUUGGCAUGUUCCAAUUAUAAAUGAAAGAGGCUUCAGACCAGAAUAUGGCACUUCUUCACAUGAAUUUGAACUUCAGGAAACCUUCACUGCUUCAUUGUUACUAUCUAGUCAUAAAUUGUAAAUGGCUGUGCAUAAAGAUUUUAUAUUGUAAAUUAUAAUUUAUUAUAUGACUUUUUUAGUUAAUGGUAAUAUUUAAGUAAUUUAAACCUUGUA